UUGCUUCAAGUGGAAAAUGUAGUUGCUGAAGAUCAUGAAGGCCUAAACAUCUGCCAUGACUACGUGAAUGACAUCUACAACUAUCUGAGAGAGCUUGAGGCAAACCAACCUGUCAGACCCAAAUACCUGGCUGGACGAGAAAUCAAUGGGAAAAUGCGUGCCAUACUAAUAGACUGGCUUGUGCAAGUACAGAUGAAGUUCAGACUCCUGCAGGACACCUUGUACCUGUCAGUUGCCAUAAUAGAUUGCUUCCUGCAGGGCAAUGCUGUUUCCAAGGAGAUGUUGCAGCUGGUUGGUGUAACAGCUAUGUUAAUUGCCAGCAAAUAUGAAGAGAUGCAUCCCCCACGUGUUGCAGACUUUGUCUAUAUAACUGGUGGCACUUAUACAAACAGCCAAAUCUGUGAGAUGGAGAUUAAGAUCCUGCAAGCCCUGGACUUUCAUCUGAGUCGUCCCCUAGCUUCGCAGUUCCUACGGAUGGCAUCAGAGGUUGCAGAGGUGGACAUGAAACAGCAUGUUCUGGCCAAAUACCUGAUGGAGUUGUCCAUUGUGGACUAUGAUAUGGUUCAUUUCCCUCCAUCCAAGACUGCAGCAGCUGCUUCCUGUUUGUCUCUGAAACUCCUCAAUGGACGUGAGUGGACACGAACUCUACAACGCUACACAUCUUAUACUGAGAAUGACCUCCUCCCAGUUAUGCAGCACAUAGCAAAGAAUCUAUUUCUUGUGAACAGGGGCAUCGCCAAGGAGACGGCAACCAAGAACAAAUACGCUAGCCGUAAAAAUGCCAAGAUAAGCACCAUUGAACAGCUGAACUCGCCUAUCAUCUGGAAUCUAGCCCGGUCUCUGGCUAAAAAGUUUUAA